AACAGACACCAACUUCCGCUUCGCGGUCGACGUGAGAGGAAAUAAACACAAGCAGACGAGCGGAGGAGGGAAGAGGAGGGAAGAGGAGUCAGUAUCCAGCAGCACCGAGCUGCUGCAGCAACUCACACCGGCACUCAUGGAGCCAUCAGAAGUCAUCUUGACAUCCAGGACCUUGCCCAUGUACCUGGAUUGAGUUUACUCUCUCUGACCUGCCGUAAGGACCGGUGUGUGUGUGUGUGUGUGUGUGUGUGUGUGUGUGUGUGUGUGUGUGUGUGUGUGUGUGUGUGUGUGUGUGUUGCUGCACAGUGUGUUGUCAGAUCUCCAUCAUGAUGACGACCAAGAGACUGGACAACUUUGAGGUGGUGUGUGAGUGGGCUUCCUGCAACUUCAAGGGCCACACCAUGGAGGAGCUGAGCGACCACAUGUCGCUGCAUUUGAAGGACUACCUGGGAGACAAAGAUGCCCUGGAAGAGCUGGAUGAGUAUGCCUGUCUCUGGAACGGGUGUGAAUUCCUAUCCAUGGGUAGUCCCGUGGAGCUGGAGGUCCACGCUUUCUUCCACAACUACCACGGUAAGCUCAAGUUUGUCGGGUCACAGCUGCUCAAGUCCCGUCCUGCCCUGCCGAGCUGCAACCAAGGCUUACACAGCAACAACCUGGUCCCCGAAGGAUCCGAUGGAUACGUGUGCCAGUGGGAGCAGUGUGAUAGUACAUUCAACAAUCCUGAGUGGUUCUACCGACACGUGGACAAUCACAUCGAAAGUGCCGAGCAGCAGUCCUUCUCACAACAGCAGCAGGCUCUCUUCUGCCACUGGUCAGGCUGCGAUGCUUUCUUCAAGAUCAGGUACCGGUUGAGAGAGCACAUGCGGAGCCACACUCAGGAGAGACUCGUCGCCUGUCCCACAUGUGGCAGCAUGUUCUCCAGCAACACAAAGUUGUUUGACCACCUGCACCGGCAGGCCGAGCCCGUGGAGUCGCUGGUAUGUGAACAUUGUGGCAAAGCUUUUUCCAGCGAGAGACUUUUGAGGGAUCACGUCCGUCAGCAUGUGAAUCAGGUCAAGUGUCCCUUCUGCGACAUGACCUGCACGACCUUGGCAGCUCUGAAGAUCCACAUCCGAUUCCGCCACUGUGACGAGCGUCCGUUCCCAUGUGACUUCUGUGACAAAAGAUUCAAGAACCAACGAGAUCUACAAAAACACAGCGAGGUUCACAAUGAGGGAACUGUGUAUCACUGCACUGUGGAGGGUUGUGAUUACUCUUGUCACACGUUCCAAACCAUGAGCCACCACUUCAAGAGAGCGCAUGAGGUUGGCGGGAUGUCAAAAUACAAAUGCCAUAUUUGUGAUAAGGUCUUCUCCUGGUGUUACACUCUCACACUUCACCUUCGCAAAAAGCACGAGCUGAAGUGGCCGUCUGGACAUUCACGCUUUAGAUACAGAAAAGAUGUGGACGGCUUCCUAAAAGUAAACAUGGUGCGAUUUGAGACUGUGGAAGUGACCAAGGAGAUCAUGAAGAACAUGGCCAAGAAACCGCAGAGCCGCCGGAAAAAUCCUCGGACCAGCGGCCGGAACAAAAGGGCUGCGGUGGCGCCAGAGAGCGGCCAGAGCUCCCCCGCGGGAUCCUCAUCGCCCUCCUCGAGCUCCUCCUACUCGUACUCCUCCUCGGCGGAGUUCUCCGGAGGCGAGGACGUCUCGUCUCAGCCCAGCCCCAGAGGCAGCGACUCUCCCGUCUACUGUGUGAUGAGCACCAUCCCUCACAUCGAGGACGAGCCUGGAGGAUUGUCCCAGGAGGACUGUGACGGCGACGGGACGUCCGGAGCCGUUCAGGCCCUGACGGAGGUUGCGCGGGGCCUCGGUAUGGAUGUGGUCUGACCGUCCACUUUGCACGGGGUGAAAUCACAAACGUACCAGCGUGGGCUCUCGUGUAGCUGUGACGCAUUGAAAUAGUUAUGUCUGUUUUUGUGUAUUUGGCUGCGGAGCCAGUCAGCGGAGAAGUCACUGCAUCCUGUCGUUUGCAGUGACGUUCCGUUGAGGUGGUUCUCGACACAUCUUUCAUCGGACAAAAGUGUCAUGCCUCAGCUUAGCUUUGUGACGUCUUCACAAGAUCACCUGUUUUAAUAUACCGUAGAUUCAUCUGUCUGAAGAGCAGGACUAGCAAGCUGGUUGUACGAGAUGUUGUUCUUAUCUUCACACACAAAUAUCCGUUUUCUGGGAUAUUUCCAUAUUUCAGAGGAAGUUAUUUUUUUAAUUGUAGCCUUUGAAUGUUGCUUAAUUUUAUUGUUAUAAAUUUGAAAUACAUUUUUGAUACAAUAGUGAA